UAGGAAAAAGGGUCAUAGUAUAGUAUUUGAUAUUGCAACUUGUUUGACCCAAUAUAAUUAAGGAAGAUAUUUGAUAUCAUGACUAAUUAUUCCUUCUUUCUUUUUCUCUCUGUCCUUCUUUCAACCCACCAAACUGGGUUUUGCAUUUUUAGCUUAAUCCCCAUGGCUUCGACGAUGACGGCUACAGUGGCGGAUACCACACCACCACCUUCAGGAGCUACUUCCACUCGACAGAUGGCGGAUCCCACCACCAACCUCUUUGUCUCCUCCGAUUUGGUUAAUUCAAGACAUGGUGAUAAAACAACACCAAUUGCAGGAAGCAAGAAACUUAAGGAAAAUGUUCAUAAGAUUAAAAGCAAUGAAAAAGUCAAUAUAGGCGAUCAAGUAACACUUGAAGAUUACAAUCCAAUCGAUCCAUCACCAGAUGUAGCAAAGAAUGUAAAUCCAGGACCAAUUCAGCAUGGAACUCCUCUUAUGCCAUUCAUUCCAAAACCUCCACCUCCUAGUCCUCCUGGUCAAGAUGACUAUGAUUAGUCACAACUUGUUAUUUUCUUUAUGCUAGAAGAACCAAUGCUAAGAAGAUUGCAAUAAUGCUAGAAAUGUAGUACACUAGCUAUUGUUGUUGGGUCAAAAAGUGUCUUCUAAAAGAGUAUGUUGGGUGGCAUUUCUCAUGCUCAAAGUGAAGACUGUACUGUUGUGUGUUGUCUUUAGUUUGCACAGGUUGUUUGCUUUAUUUGCUAUGUAAUCUUUGGUUUUUCAUGUGUUAUUGUUCUGAAAUAACAAUGGAUGUAAUGUAAUGUAUUUUAGCAGUAAUAAUUUUUAAGUGUUUUCAGCUAUGAACUUUAUUUCUUUUCUUUUGAUCUUUCUUUUAACUAUACUCCAACAUA